CUCAUUCAUCAUCAUUUUUGAGUAGAGAAAAGUAUAGGAAGAUUUUUUUUGUGCAGACUUGGAUACAAGAGAGAGGAACAGAAACAAAGAGACAGUGAGAAAGCAAGACAGAGAGAUAAAAAUGGAGACAAACAAAAAGAGGCAGUGGUAGACAGACAGACGUACAUGCAGAGAUAGGGACAGUGAUAUACUCAGACAGACGGGUACAGAUGCAUAGACAGGCAGAGAUGGGCGGGGACAUCAACAGCCAGACGAAAACAGCCAGAGAUACAGGCAGAAAAUCAUCCAUUGAAUCAGAUAGACAUGUACUAAUUCAGACAGACAGGCAGUGAUACAGACAGAUGGGUAUAAAUUCCCCCCGGCAGAGAAACACACAGACACUGAUUCUCAAUAAAUGUAUAGGGAGUAUAUGGGUAGAUAGAUAGACAGACAGGCAGUGGAUCAGUAGAGCAGUGAGAAAGGUAGAGAAAGGUAGUCAGACAGACAUGCAUAAAAACAUACAUACAGAUAGGCAGAGAUGGUCAUACCGAUAGGCAGACACAUAGGCAGAGAUGGUCACACAGAUAGUCAGACAGACAGGCAGAUACAGAGAGAAUAAAAUAUGAGCAAGAGGCUGAAUGAUGGGCAGCAAUAAAAUAAAUAAUUCCUGUCCAUUUUUUUUUCACUUUUUGUUGCGUGUGCGUAGCACUAAUCCAUCACUGAACUAUCAGUGAGCGAACACACUUAUUAGUUUGGGGUGUGUGUGUGGAGGAGAGACGUGUGUCUGUGUUUGCGUCUGUGUAAUCCCACAGCCACUACUGGCACUGUGUCGAAGGGGAGAGGGGCAGGGGGGCGGGGCUUACAUAGGCCACCUCCUUCCCCCCCUCCCUCCCGCCUCUUCCCCUCACGUAUAAAUAGGAGCCGGAGCGCAGCCUUGUUGUCACUCACACACUCAACCGAGAGCAGGAUGAGGUCCCUCAAGCACUUGAAGCAUCACAGCAGGAGGAGUGUGGAGGAGGCGAGCCGGCGCCUGGGUAGAUGUGAGCCCAAGGUGAUGGCCAGGCUGGUGGACGCAGGCACACAGACAGACCCCGUCGUAGUGCUGUCCUUGGCCCAGGCCGCCGUGCUAGGUCUCAUCUCCCAGAAUGAAGUGUUCGGCGCCACCAUCGCCCCCAACGGCUUCUACACCGGCGAGCCCAAGGAGUCCCCCGCGGCACCAGUAGACGGAGUGGACUACGAGUACGCCGACCAGCUGAUCGGAGCCAACGGAGACUACCUGGGGGACACCUUGGGAGAGGACGGCCACAUGCAGCCCAGCUGCAGCCAGCGCCGCUGGCAACAGGGGCACCCCCAGCACCCCGACAGCAAGAUGGUGGGCCCCGACCGCCACGGCGUCCCGGGCGACGGGCCCUCGUCGCACGUCAAGGGGGAGGGCGUGGCCUCGGCCAUGAACUCCUGCGUCCACAUGCUGAACAGCAUGGCGCCGCGCGGCGGGCUGGUGCAGGUGGACCCCGCCGCCCUGCGCUCCAGCAAGAGCUGCAGCGAGUGUGACCGGGACGCGCCCGGCCCGCCGCCGCAGCAGCAGCAGCAGCAGCAGGCCAACGCCCACGUGCACGGCCCCCCGCCGCAGGUGGGCCACAGAGGAGGUGCGGGAGGAGGAGGCGUUGGUGGUCCCGGGGGUCCCGGGGAGCAGGGCCACAGAGGAGUCGGCGGGCCGCGCGGCAUGGGGCCCCACGGGCGAGGAGGUGGAGGUGGGGGUGGGGGUGGGGGGGUGGUGCGGGAGGUGGAGGAGGACUCCCCGGGCAACAGCAUGAUGAAGGCCAGCCAGCAGGACGAGGCCAUCAGCAGCUACUUCCAGACCAGCGAGGUGGGCAGCUACGACUCCGGGGACAUGGGCAUGGGGGGCGACUACGAGGACAGCGGCCAGGGGAUGAUGUGGGCGGACGGCGGGGGAGGGGCGGCCGGAGGGGCGGGAGGAGGCGGAGGAGGCGGCGGCGGCGGCGGCGGGCCCGGAGGGGCCGCGCCGGCCACGACGGCGCCAGGGGCGGGGCCCCACGCACAGCACCAGCACCCGCCGCCCCCCCGCCGCCACGGCGGCCGGCGCGUGGACCGCCUGGACAUCAACAUCCAGAUCGACGAGUCGUACUGCGUGGACGUGGGCGACGGCCUCAAGCGCUGGAAGUGCCGCAUGUGCGACAAGUCGUACACGUCCAAGUACAACCUGGUCACGCACAUCCUGGGCCACAACGGCAUCAAGCCGCACCCCUGCCCCCAGUGCGGCAAGCUCUUCAAGCAGCCCAGCCACCUGCAGACGCACCUGCUCACCCACCAGGGCACGCGGCCCCACAAGUGCACCGUGUGCAAGAAGGGCUUCACGCAGACCAGCCACCUGAAGCGCCACAUGCUGCAGCACACCGACGUCAAGCCCUACAGCUGCCGCUUCUGCCGCCGCGGCUUCGCCUACCCCAGCGAGCUGCGGGCCCACGAGGCCAAGCACGAGCGCGGCCGCUGCCACGUGUGCUCCCAGUGCGGCAUGGAGUUCCCCACGUACGCCCACCUCAAGCGCCACCAGACCAGCCACCAGGGCCCCCACACCUUCCAGUGCACCGAGUGCAACAAGUCGUUUGCCUACCGCAGCCAGCUGCAGAACCACCUGCUGAAGCACCAGAGCCCGCGGCCGUACACCUGCUCGCAGUGCGGCCUGGAGUUUGUGCAGCUCCACCACCUGCGGCAGCACUCGCUCACGCAUAAGGGGAUGAAGGGACACAAGUGUGACGUGUGCUCCCGUGAGUUCACGCUGUCCGCCAACCUGAAGCGCCACAUGCUGAUCCACAACAGCAUCCGACCCUUCCAGUGCCACGUCUGCUUCAAGAGCUUCAUCCAGAAGCAGACCCUUAAAACCCACAUGAUCGUACACCUGCCCGUCAAACCCUUCAAGUGCAAGGUGUGCGGUAAGUCUUUCAACCGAAUGUACAACCUGCUGGGCCACAUGCACCUCCACGCGGGCAGCAAGCCCUUUAAGUGCCCGUACUGCACCAGUAAGUUCAACCUGAAGGGCAACCUGAGUCGCCACAUGAAGGUCAAGCACGGCAUGGACGUCUCCCCCGAGGGACAAGGUCUUCCCGAGAUGGAGGGCCAGUCCGAUUACGAAGGUCAAAACUUCAACUUCACGUCGCCCGACAAUAUGGACAACGGUGGCUCCCAAAACCUCACUAAACUCACAACAGCAAAUAUGGACGAUAUGGAGGAGUAUUACAACUUUGGGAAGGAUACCAGCAGCUACACUACACCAUGAAUGGUGACAAUAUAGAGAAACUCUUGGUUGUGUUUUUCUUUUUUUCUUCUUCCUAGGCAGAAAAAAGUACUAAAAUUGCUGUCUGGGUGCGUUGAAAGAAACUGGAGUGCUUUUAUUUUAUUUUUUUGCCAUUUUGGCACCCAGGAGCCAGAACAGUCGAACUCUAAAGCCAAGACGGUGAUGCACUUGGACUAAGACCUUGUUUUAACUUGAGCGCUCGUAGCAGCGUCUCAGAGACUGUCGACGCUGUCGGCCCCUUGAGCUCCUUCUUGGAACUACCGCUCUUUACUGACUCAACAAAAAAAAGAAAAAAACAUUUGGGCGGAAUCGCCAAAUCUCUAUGUUGUGUGUAUGUGUCAGUUAUUUAACAAACAAAAAAGAAAAAGAGAGCGCAGCCAUCGCGGUUUCAUUUGAUGUGCUAGAGUUUUGUUUACCAUUACAUAAUUCACAGGAGAGAAAAAAAAAAGUAAGCCCUUAUAUAUUUUUACUGAAAGUGCCAGAUGGAUACGUUUGCAACUGAACUUUCAUCGUGCC